UGAGAAAGAUAGGUAAUGUACUUUAAUGUCUUUUAACAGAAAUUAUAUGAAGGCACAAUUGCAGAUAUGAAUCUAUUAAAUACACGUAUUUGUAUUUCAAAAAUGCCAUAUUUUAUAUGUACUUAUGUAAUAAGUAUUGAACUUCAAAAUAAGUAGCAAUAUGCUAAUGCUGUGCAAUUAGAAUUAUAAGAAUGAUAUAAUUAAAGGUUGUAAAUAAAUAAAGUGGGCACUUUUGCCAAUUCAGUAUACUGUAAUAGGGGGCUAAGUGUACCAUCAUGACACUGUCCAUUUCUUACACGUUGAUAUAACUGCAAAUCCUAGGAAAUUGUAUUUGGAGAGUAAGGUGCAUUAGCCAUAACCUUAUCAUCAUAAGACAAGACAAACAAUUUGAAAUGCAGAAAUAUGAAAAAUGAAAGAAUUCACAAUCUGUUGAUUAUGGUAUCUCUUAUUGUUGCUUCAUUUAUAUUAUAUACAGGAGUACUGUGGGAAAUGAUAACAUCAGACAAUGUAGUAGUUUUAGUUUUACAAGUGACAUCUGUUCUUUCUUUUUCAAUAUUGAUAAAAAUGUUUUUAUUAUGGAUACGAGAAUUCAAAUGUUCCUGUUUUUAUAUUGACAAAAACAUUUUUAACAUUGUUAAGAAAUUUCAAGUUAACAAAUUAUGGAUUUUUUUAGGAAUAUUUAAUAUGUUGUCCAUGUUUUACUACAAAGCUGCAUUUGAUGUAUUUUUUUGUGUUGGGGUAUUUGUUGUUGGAUUUUAUUUAUUUCUUCAACAACCUAAUAAAAUAGAAUUUAGUACAAUAUUAGAAAAUAAUGAUAUUAAUAUUGGAUGCGGAGCUGCACAAGCUUAUUUCCAUGGAUACUUGAAAGUGUUAAUGUCACAAAAAGAACAAAGUUGGGAGGAAAGAUUAAAAGAAUAUGAACAAAAACAAGGAGUUAAAAUUUUUUCAAAACUUAUCAUAUUAUUACCAAAAAGCUGUAAAACAUUUGAUACACUGACAAAUGUGAAAUGUACACCAAAUAUACAUUGGGCACGUAAAUUGCGUACACUUAAAAUUGAUGUAUGUGGAAAUCAGAGAAAGUAUAAAAAUACAGUUUAUGUGAUAAAUGAGGGUAUUCGAUUUGUAGCUGAGUAUGCUCCUCCAAUAAAUACUUUUCAUCAGAUGUCUUAUAUAGGAGUCAAAUAUAACCUCAAUGCAGACACAAGGAGAGAGCAACAUAUUUUAUUCCAAAAAACUUUACAGCAUUUAAUUAAUAAUGAUAUGGAUUGUGUGAAUAAUUGCUUGCUUAUCUCAUAUAAUGAUGAGGAAGAUUUAUCUUUAUCUGAACUUAUUCUUUUAUCAAUUAAAGAUGAUGAACUACAAACAGCACGAGCAGCUGGUUAAUAUAUUUAUUGGAGACAUUUUUGAAAAUGUUCCUAAUUAUAUGAAGAAACAUGUCACUAUCAGCAUAUAAUGUAUUAAUACCAGUACUUUCAACCCAAUGUAGAUCAUAUUUAGAUUCUUUGCCAUUAGAAUAUAAUACAUUGGCUAAUACAUCUGCAAUUUAGAAUGUUUCUAAUGCAAAAUUUGAUGGCUGAAUGGUGAAAGAAAUAAGGUGGGAUCAAACCCAGGAGAGAAAUUCCCCAGAAAUUUUUCAAAGACAGUGUAUUUUGGAUAUAUCAGGCCCCAUCCUGCUCCAAAAGGUCUCCCCAUUGUAGGCCUAGUCAAACCCAUGGUGGGUAUGGAAAAAAAACCCUAAUGAUUUCACAGCAUGGAAAGAGAAAAAUGAAAAAGUUUUACAUUUUCAUAAUAAAUCAUACCAUUCACAUUUUUUCAGUAGCAACACUUUAAUAUACAUGAACAAGUAUUUAUUGUGACAUUGUCACAAUGCUGCAAUUUUUAAUUUAUAUUCAAUUUAAAAUAUAUGCUCUCGAUUAGUAGUGUCAUAUUCCUGUAUAUCAUGCUUUUCCUGUUAACUUUUCAACAGUGGGAUAGUCAGGUAUGGUGCUAUCCUAAAGUAGUGGAGAAUAAACAUGGGAAAUUUUUAAAGUAUUUUUCCAUGUUUUUUUUUUCUCAUCACCGUUUCGGAAAAAGAUUUUGUAAACAGUUAUGUCUAGUAAAGAAAAGUCUUUUUUUAUUGUUACAUAAUUCAUUUUUUAUGUGAAUUUUUUUUCGCGGUAGUUUUUUGCUAGUUUUUGGCGAUACCCCCAAAAGAAUUUAACAGAUAUAUCUGUCUUUCACCAUUGCCACACAAUCACCCUGGACAGAUAUAUCCAUUCCUCACUGUCGAGUGAUUAACAAUAGAGUCAUGCUGGACAUCUGUUAACUCCAUUCUGAAGAAAAUUUUUGAAUUGAAAUGACAUGACUUCUGGUCCAAACCAGAAGUUCGUAUACAGUUAAUCAAGGCCUCCUAAGCUCUUUCUAUCUGGUCUCAACUUUCAUCUAACUAACUCUUUUCUUGAGAUUAAGGAAGGACAGAUGGAUGCUGGUGGGAAUUUAUAGGUCUGCAAUUUGAAAAUUGUAACCCAAUAAACACUUAUACAUAAUUUACAGCUUACAUAUUGGAAGAGUUCACAAUAUUUAUUUAUUGAAAGAAUAAAAAUAUUAUUAUAGUAGGUUGUGAUUAAAAGAUUAUAAACAAAAUCAACAAACAAGGAAUAGCUUGAGUACUAUUAUACCAACACCAAUGAAAGUCAUACAACUUCCAUAAAAUUGUAAAUUAUUAAACAAAAAAUCAAAAAGUAUAGUAUUAUUUAUUUAAUUUUAAUAAUAGUGAUGAUAU